AUGCCCGCUGCCACCCGUGCCGUCCUGCGCCAAUCGCAGUUCCUGACCCGGAGAACCGCCGUCAGACACGCUUCCUCCAGCUCGGAGAAGGCUAGCCAGACUGCUUCCCAGGCCGCUUCCAAGGCCCAGCAGGGUCUAUCCAAGGCCACUGCUGCUGCUGGCCCUGCCCUCAACAAUGCUGCCUCUGCCCUGCGCAAGAUCGGCGGCCCCGUCGGCAAGGUCGUUUCGUUCAUCGACGCCAUGAUCCCCCCAGCCAUCUACUACUCCCGUGUUGGCCUUGAGCUCGGCAAGCUUGUCUUCCGUGGCCAAAAGAUGACUCCUCCCAACUUGGCCACCUUCCAGUCAUACUUCCAGCCUCUUAUCAACGCUGCCAGCAACCCCGCCACUCUCAAGAACAUCAGCCUCCCGUCGCCCCAGAACUUCCUCGCUCGUGUCCGCAACGCCAACGCCAAGGAGAUUGCUUUUGUCGGUGUCACUGCCGCGGAAGUAAUUGGAUUCUUCACCGUUGGUGAGAUCAUUGGCCGUUUCAAUCUGGUCGGCUACCGCGGCGAGGUCUCUCACCACUGA